AUGGUGCGACCCACUUCAUUUGGUCCAAAGAAAGGUAGGAACGAGUGGAGGCCCUCUGGUUAUUUCAGAAGGCUCACUGCUGUAACUGUUCCAGACAGAUAUAUUUUACAUUUUCAAUCCUUCGUCACGACUCUCGCCGAAGCGACCAAUUUGGCACAUUCACAUUCAGAUGCUGAUCUUCAACUCGUGACCGAUGCCUCCGACCGGGCUGGGGUUGGUGCAAUCAGAUUGUUGAUAGAGCUUCUCAUCUUGCUUUCUUUUUUCGGAAAUUCAUACCAACAGAACAGAGAUACAGCUUCUUUAGCCGUAAACUCUGUGAGCGCUUCAGACAAGUAUUCCCUUCGCGAAUUUCGCCAAAUGGAUUACAUCCCACAAUUAACCUGCGAUGUGCAUCAAGUAAAAGGAGCAGUCAACAUCCUAGCAUACACCCUCUUUCGCAUUUACAUUGUUUCUGUUGUACAUGAUGCCAGAGUUGGUUAUCAAGCCAUGGCAGAAGUACAGGAAUGUGAACGUAGUCAAAUCGCCGCUCGCCAAUUGCUCAGACUAAUGAUGACGCAGCCUCCCUCCACCCCGCUUGCCAUUUGUUCUCUGUUGCACAUGUAUAUCGCUGACAAACAAGGAGGAGGGAGGCUAAAUGAGAGCCAUGGCGCAGAAGCCAUGCAUACUGCAUCUGAAACCAUUUGUGAAGGCGAUUUAAAAUGGAAUGGUCUUUAUUUUUUUCAACUAGUUGCUACAGAUACGAAAAACUAUGGCUGGGGCAUAAUAGUAGACCUGAAAAAGCGCUCCCAAGGCAAUAGUCGAUCGGAACCUGAAUCAAAUUACCUGCUCAGUUGUCUCCUUUCGCCUAUUCCUAAGCCAAUUUCCUCUAGAUUUUCGUUACCUGACGAAGGAAUAGAUAAUGAAAAGGAACUAUUUAGCUCUUCUGGCGAGAAUGGAGAUGCAGAGACUGACUUUUUCGAUGACAAGGAUUUGAGUCUUUCUUCCAGUGAUGAUGAGAAAGAAGCUCCUUCCAGAAACUUGCCGGAUGCUGCAGAGACUCUUGCUGUUCCUGGCGUCGAUCCUAUUGAGCAAUAUGUUGCAUCUUCACAGUAA